CCACUUUUUCUUCUGUGCAAAGGCACAAUGAAGCUCCUGAUUCUGGUUGCACUCUUUGGACUGUCCAUUGCCCAGCACAACCCAAAUACUAAAUAUGGUAGGACCUCCAUCGUUCAUCUGUUUGAGUGGCGCUGGGCAGAUAUAGCAGCAGAAUGUGAGAGAUACCUGGGGCCAAAUGGCUAUGGUGGAGUUCAAAUCUCUCCCCCGAGUGAACACGUCAAGCUGACCAAUCCUUGGCACCCUUGGUGGCAGAGAUAUCAGCCAAUUGCUUACAAUUUGUGCUCCAGAUCCGGAACUGAGGAAGAGCUGAGAGAUAUGAUUACACGCUGUAACAAUAUUGGGGUGAAUGUAUAUGUGGAUGUAGUCAUCAAUCACAUGUGUAAAGCAAGUAAUGGAGAGGGCACUCACUCCAGCUGUGGAACGUACUUUAAUGCCAACAAGGAGGAUUUCCCCUCUGUCCCCUACUCAUACUUAGACUUCAAUGAUGGCAAAUGUAAAACCGGGAGUGGACAGAUUGAAAACUACAGUGAUAUUUACCAGGUCAGGGAUUGUCGUUUGGAAAAUCUCCUGGAUUUGGCCAUGGAGAAGGACUAUGUUAGAGGAAAAGUGGCCGAUUAUCUGAACUCACUGAUUGACAUGGGUGUGGCUGGAUUCAGAGUAGAUGCUUGCAAGCACAUGUGGCCUGGUGACCUCAGUAGUGUGUUUGGUAGACUCAAGACCCUGAAUACCAAAUGGUUUCCAUCUGGCACCAAACCCUUCAUUUAUCAAGAGGUUAUUGACUUGGGUGGGGAGCCCAUUAAAGCCAGUGAAUACUUCGAGCUCGGAAGAGUGACGGAGUUCAAGCACAGUGCGAAAAUUGGAACAGUCUUUCGUAAAUGGGACGGAGAGAAGCUAAGCUAUCUGAAGAACUGGGGAGAGGGCUGGGGUUUCAUGCCCUCUGAUAAAGCCUUGGUGUUUGUGGACAAUCAUGAUAAUCAGAGAGGCCAUGGUGCUGGUGGAGCUUCAGUUCUAACAUUCUGGGACUCUAGGCUUUACAAGAUCGCUGCAGGGCUCAUGUUGGCUCAUCCAUUCGGUGUGACCAGAGUGAUGUCUAGCUACCGCUGGGAUCGUAAAAUUGUGAACGGAAAGGAUGAGAAUGACUGGAUGGGCCCUCCAAGCUAUUCUGAUGGAUCCACGAAGCCAGUACCCAUCAACCCAGACUCCACCUGUGGUGAUGGUUGGGUAUGUGAGCACAGGUGGCGCCAAAUAAGGAAUAUGGUGAUUUUUCGCAAUGUGGUCAGUGGCCAGCCACUUUCCAACUGGUGGGACAAUGGUAAUAAUCAGAUCGCAUUUAGCCGAGGCAGCAAGGGAUUCAUUGUCAUCAACAAUGAUGACUGGGGACUGAAUGAGACCUUGAACACUGGCCUGCCCGGAGGCAUGUACUGUGAUGUCAUCUCCGGAGAUAAGAGUGGAGGCAGUUGCACAGGUAAACAGAUCUCAGUGGGUUCUGAUGGACGUGCCACCUUCAGCAUCAGUAACACAGAGGAGGAUCCAUUCAUUGCCAUCCAUGCUGACUCUAAAUUGUAGAUUCAGUGAGGAUAAAAUCAUAAUAAAUCAGCAUCUCUCAUCUCAAA